AUGCUCAUAUUUCUCCCUAUUUCGCUCUCAUUACCUGAUUCCGAGCAGAAAGAGAUAGAUUUUGUCGAUACGUCUUUUUUCAUGGCCGGCGCAGCCCGACAGCUUCCGACGCCGACUCAAGUGAGAGCCUUAUCCAAGGAUAUUGAUACACGUGCGCAACACACACCUGUCAAAUAUGAGAAGCUUGGCCUACUUGUAAAGUUCGGGCCUCACGUUACCACUGUCGAGGCACUGAAUCUUUGGACGAUCAAGAAGGUUUUCGGCGACGACAUCCCCGUACCCGAAGUAUUUGGCUGGCGCGUUGAUAGUGAUGGGUAUACUUUCAAAUAUAUGGAGCUGAUCUCGGGGCCAACCCUCGAAGAAGCCAUCGGUGACCAGCUCUCCCAGAUCAUGGAAAAACUACGCAAACUCGCGCAGGACUCCUCGGAGCGGUUCAUUGGAUCAAUAAACCGUGGGCACCUAAUGGACUACGUGUUUAUCGACCAGCCGAAAACAGGCCCAUUCUUGAGCGUAAGGGCCUUCAAUGACUGGUUUGCUUCUUUACAUCAACUACGUCUUGGGCACAAAUACGACGACCCGACCCGAUCUUUACUACCGGAUACUGGAGAUAUUAAGCUGACUCAUGGGGACCUGAAUCGACGAAAUAUCAUUGUCUCUUCUACGAGUCCAGUUCGUGUUGUCAUUGUGGACUGGCAGCAAUCAGGAUGGUAUCCGGAUUAUUGGGAAUAUUGCAAGGCUGUCUUCACCUGCUGGUAUGAGGAUGAGUGGCGGAGAGACUACAUUGAUAGAUUUUUGCACCCCCAGACGGAAGUGUACUUUGCAUUUUCUGAGUAUGCUAUGGCAAUGGGUGCCGUCUGA